AUGGAUUUGGAGUGCUGCAGCUACUACCUGCAGCUGCCAUUGCUGACCUGCUGCCUCUUCUUGCUCUACUCCAUCUUCAACGUGUUUGCGGCUGCUCGCUCCUGCGGCUCCGGCGAUGAUCAGCUCGCUCCGAGGAGCUACCCCGUGGUCGGCUGCCUGGUGGACUUCUACCGCAACCGGCGCCGGCUGCUGGGCUGGUACACGGCGCUGCUCGCGGCGUCGCCGUCGCAGACGAUCGUCGUGGACCGGCUCGGCGCGCGCCGCACCGUGGUGACGGCGAACCCGGCGAACGUGGAGCACGUGCUGAAGGGGAACUUCGGGAACUACCCCAAGGGGAAGCCGUUCACGGAGGUGCUCGGCGACCUGCUCGGCGGCGGGAUAUUCAACGUCGACGGGGAGAUGUGGUACCGGCAGAGGAAGAUGGUGAGCCACGAGUUCAGCGCCCGCGUGCUGAGGGAGACGGUGGGUGCCGCGCUGGAGCGGGAGGCGCGCGCACGGCUCGUGCCGGCGCUGGACGCGGCGGCGGCGGGGGGAGGCGGUGGCGGCGGGGUGGUCGACAUGCAGGAGCUGCUCAGGCAGUUCUCGUUCAACGUCAUAUGCAGGGUGGCGCUCGGCGCCGACGACGAUGGAGGCGGCGUCGAGAUGGCGAUGGCAUUGCCGCUGUCGAGGCUGGCGGCGGCGUUCGAUACCGCCGCGGCGAUCAGCGCCAGGCGUGGCGCGGAGCCGGUGGCCGCCGCGUGGAAGGUGAAGCGCGCGCUCGGCGUCGGCUCGGAGCGGCUGCUCCGGGAGGAGGUGAAGGUGAUACGCGACGCCAUCAUGGGGUUCGUCCGUGGAAGAAGCAGCAACCGCCGGCGGAAGCAGCCGUUGCAGGCGCAGGCCCGCGGCCGCGACGACCUGCUGUCGCGGAUGGCCGCGGCGGGGUACCCCGACGAGGCGAUCUGCGACGCGGUGGUCAGCUUCAUCAUGGCCGGGCGCGAUACGACCUCGUCGGCGCUGACGUGGUUCUUCUGGCUCAUGACGCGCCACCGCGACGUCGAGCAGGAGGUGCUGGACGAGGUGGACGCGUGCAUGGGCAAGGACAGCGGCCGCGGCGACGUCGUCGGCGUCGACCUCGAGGGCUCCCGCGGGGCGCGCGUGCUCCACGCCGCGCUCUGCGAGACGAUGCGGCUGUACCCGCCGGUGGCGUGGGACUCGAAGCACGCGGCGGAGGACGACGUGCUCCCGGACGGCACGCGCGUGGGGCGCGGCGACCGCGUCACCUACUUCCCCUACGGGAUGGGCCGGAUGGAAUCCAUCUGGGGACCCGACGCCGGCGAGUUCAGGCCGCGGAGGUGGCUGGCGCUGCCCCGCGACGGCGUGUCGCCCUUCAAGUACCCGGUGUUCCAGGGCGGCCCCCGGACGUGCCUGGGCAAGGAGAUGGCGUUCGUGCAGAUGAAGUUCGUGGCCAGCGCCGUGCUCCGGCGGUUCGAGCUGCGGCCCGUGGCGGAGGGCUCGCCGGUGUUCGUGCCGCUGCUCACCGCGCACAUGGCCGGCGGCCUCAAGGUGACGGUCACGAGGAGGAGGCAUCGUCAGCAAAAUGGCACGUGCGAGAGAUGAAGGCAUCAUAUCUAUG